UUCAACAGUCAGGUCUAGACCCCCAGUGGGUUCACGAGCAUUACAGUGAACUCAAACCCGUGUACUUUCAAAGAUAACACCGACACUUUUAACUGGCUUGUACACAUGUACACUGUACAGUGUACAGAGUGAACCGUGGUUUCGAAUUUCUUCUUGGUUUAGCCUCUUCUCAAGAUGGCUUUACACACUACGGUGGGGCUCGGGGACUUUGUCCUGAUGGAGAAGAUAGAACUGCCAGCGUUCAUUAAGAACCUCAAGAUCAGACACGAGGCCCACCAGAUCUAUACAUAUAUCGGCGAGGUUUGUGUAUCGGUCAACCCGUACACUAACCUUAAUGUAUACAGUGAUGAGGUGGUCAAUCAGUACAAAGGUAGUGAGAUAUUUGAGCGUCCUCCUCAUAUUUUCGCCAUAGCAGAUGCUGCAUAUAAGUCUAUGCGAAGAAAUGGGAAGGAUACUUGUAUAGUUAUUUCAGGUGAAUCUGGAAGUGGUAAGACUGAAGCUAGCAAGGUUAUCAUGAGAUAUAUUGCGAAGGUCACGAAUACAGCAGGGCAGGCGGAGAUAGAACGGGUUAAAGACGUUCUUCUCCAGUCUAAUGAUAUACUGGAGGCAUUUGGAAACGCUCAGACUAAUAGGAAUGAUAACUCUUCAAGAUUUGGAAAAUAUAUGGAUAUCAAUUUUGAUUUUAAAGGUGAUCCUAUCGGUGGACACAUAAACAACUACCUCCUGGAGAAAUCCCGAGUAGUUCAACAACAACCCGGAGAAAAGAACUUCCACGCCUUCUACCUCCUGCUCCAGGGAGCCCCGGAGCAAGAAAUAAAAAAGCUCAAGCUCACCAAAUCCACCGAAGAUUACAGAUUUCUUGCCGCGGAUAGCUCUGAUAAAAGGUCUGUUGGAUCUACCCGGAGUCAGGACUAUAACAGGGUUUCUCAAGCUAUUAAACGUCUUGGGUUCAACGAUGAGUCAACUAAUACUAUUUGGAGAGUUCUCGCCUCUAUUCUUCAUCUAGGAAAUAUUGAUUUCAUCCCAAAGGAGGACGAGGGAACUGUGAUCAAGCAGGAGAACAUCGUAAACACGAUCUCUUCCCUCCUGGAGGUUGGGACGGAUGAGCUCAAGGAUAGUUUAACUGGUCGUGUUAUAGCUGCUAGUGGAGAGGUUGUGAGGAAGAUUCAUAAUGAGAAGGAUGCCGGAGUAGGACGUGACGCACUUGCGAAGGCUCUGUAUGAUCGUUUAUUCUCCUGGAUAGUAGGGCAGGUUAACUCGGCUAUUGAUCCUUCUACUAAUCAGGCAUACGUCCCCAACUCUACCGUGAUAGGAGUUCUGGAUAUUUACGGGUUCGAGAUAUUUGGAUCCAACAGCUUCGAACAGUUCUGUAUCAACUACUGUAAUGAGAAGUUACAACAACUUUUCAUAGAACUGGUUCUACAGCAGCAACAACAGGAGUAUAUGAGUGAGGGCAUUCAGUGGGAACACAUCGAGUACUUUGAUAAUAUGACAAUAUGUCAGCUUAUAGAUCAGCCCCACAAGGGUAUAAUAUCCCUACUGGAUGAAGCUUGCCUGACUGUUGGAAAGGUUACAGAUUCUCUGCUCCUGGAGGAGAUGGAUCAGAAGCUCAAGGAUCACAAACACUACUCCAGUAGGAGGUUGGACCCUAUGAACAAGCUACUGGGACACGCGGAGAAUUUCCUGAUUAAACAUUAUGCAGGAGAUGUAGUCUACACUAUCUCAGGAUUUAUUGAGAAGAACCGGGACACCCUGUUCCAAGAUUUGAAGAGAAUGCUCUGGAAUUCAAAGAAUAAAACAUUAAGAAGUAUGUGGCCGGAGGGAGCAGAGCAUAUCACCAAGACUACCAAGAGACCCCAGACUGCUGGAACACUGUUCAAGAACUCAAUGCUUGCUCUCAUGAAAACUCUUCAGUCUAAGGAACCCUACUACGUGAGAUGUAUUAAACCCAAUGACGCGAAGAGUCCAAUUUUAUUCGAUCAGAAGCUUGUUGAGCAUCAGGUUAGUUAUCUUGGUCUGAUUGAGAAUGUUCGUGUCCGUAGAGCCGGGUUCGCAUACAGACAAGAGUACUGGAGAUUUCUCAGGAGAUACAAGAUGAUCUCGAGGUUCACCUGGCCAAACUUUAAAGAAGGAAACGAUGAAGAGGGAACAAAGGUUUUAUUGGAAGAUAAGGGUCUCCUGAAUGACGUCACUUUUGGGAAAACUAAGAUUUUUAUCAGAUCUCCGUCAACACUUUUCAAACUUGAACAACAAAGGUAUUUUCAUCUCAUCUUUAAAUUUACAACGGCGNUCUGGAGAAGAUACAGGAAGUUUAAGAUGAGAUCAUACAUAAACUCUCUGAACACCACCUUCAGAAAUGUUAAGAGUAUGAAAGAUUACGGAUCAUCACUUGAAUGGCCUGCACCACCCAGAGCACUCAAACAUACUGCAAACAAGUUUCAGGCAAUGUACCGAAGAUGGAGAGGAUAUCAAGUGAUCAAGAGAAUACCUCCAGAGGAUCGUGAUAUGCUCCAAAGGAAAAUCCUGGCUUACGACCUGCUGGGGCGGGACCGGAGAGAGUGGGGAUCAGGACGGAGAUGGUACGGAGACUAUUUGAGUCUGGAGAACACGGAGCCACUGUUCAAGGCAGCGCUACAAGAAGUUAGAGCUAAAGACGGAGGAAAUAAUAUUAUAUUCUCCUCUAAGGUUAUGAAACUGAAUCAUUUCAACAAGACGAAUGAUAGAUUUAUGAUUAUCAGUGAGACCUGGAUUUACAAAGUGGAUCCAAGGAAAGGAAAGGUGAUGAGAUCCGACAGACUGUCCGAUGUAGUCGGAGUAACCUGCGGAGCUGGAUCCCAUCAGCUAGUCGUCCUACAUAUGCGGGAUAAGAAGGAUCUUGUAUUCUCUCUUCAUUCUCCUCAGAACGAAGACAGAGUUGGAGAGCUUAUAGCUGUCCUUGCUACAAUAAGAGGAGUUGAGAACCUGAAAGUGAAAGUGAGUGAAGAGAUCCAUUGCUUCAUGGGAGGGAAUAGUAAAACUAUUGUAUUCCAGCAGGAUCCAAAUACAACUCUACCACACUUCAGCAAAAGCAAAUCCGGAUAUGUCUUCUCCUAUCCGUCCUAGAGCUGAACACGUUCCCUCCUAUCCGUCCUAGAGCUGAACUCGUCUUCUCCUAUUCGUCCUAGUGCUGAACUCGUCUUCUCCUAUCCGUCCUAGAACUGAACAGGCUCCCUCCUAUCCGUCUUAGAGCGAAACACGUCUUCUACCAACCCUAGACCAACGCACGCCUUUUCCUACCCACCCUAGAACUAUACAUGUUCUUUUCUAUUAAUCCUAGAUUCUCUAACCCAUCCAAGCAUCUUCCAUUAGCAUUUUUAUUAAUUAUUUGGUAGGGUUUUUUUUCUAUAUAAGAUGGCAAGUAUACUUACUCUGAUUGUUAUUGUUUAAUUUUCAAAAAAUUCGAUUUCAUCAACAUCAACAUAUUUACAUAUUUAUUCAUAGUUAUCCGAUAUAAUCUUUAAACUUUAGUCUUAAAGGGACAAUAGACGAAAUUUCAAAUGGUAUAUCCGAUUCAGAUUUGUAUGAUCAAGUAUGCUUUUUUAGCUUUUAAAAAAGAUGAUUUUCAAUUAUGGUUUCUGCAGAUUUCUGAUAGAAAAACGACGAUAUCUUCCACGUUGUUGAUCCGAUAAAGAUUUACAGGGUACCGUUGUGAUUCAGCCCCUUUAAUAAACAUAACCCGUCUGAAAUUUCCGUCGUGAAACUUGAUUUUUUAACACAUUGAAAAUGUGAAUUGAUAUUAGUAAUUGGUGUGAUUUUCUGGUUCUAUAUUCUGAUGUUUCUGUUUUUAUAUGUUUCAUAUCUGCAUUGAAUUGUAAUGGGUCCAGGGCCACCACUGUAAAUAAAACAAUUAUUGAUUAUUUUAGAAUUGAUUGAAAACUGUAAACUGUAAGUUUUUGUUUAUGUUCGGAACUAUGAUGUUUAAUUCAUUGUUCGAAAUACUUAACGUAAUUAUUUAAAUUCGAUUUGUUAUAAAAUAGUUUAAUGUGCAGGGUGAACUGUGAAAAGUGUACAGUGUGUCCUCUAAAAAAGUACAUAAUGGUUGCAGCCUGUAUAUUUGAUCACUUUAUAUGUGCCAUGUUAUGUGAAAUUGCAUUUAUUCUAGUCUAGUCUAACUAAAUGUUCUAAUAAAUAUUUUUGUGAAACAUUUUAAA